AUGGCAACCCACGUGUACUAUCAAGGAGAGUAUGUUUAUCGAGGUGUUAUUUUCCCUGGAUAUAUCAGAAGAAAUCUGGCACGGGCAUUUGAAGAACAGUUUGAAUGCAGAGAUGACGACGUGUUUAUUGUUUCCUACCCACGGUCAGGUACAACGUGGACCACUGAAAUGGUAUCUUUGGUAAUGAAUGGUGGUGAUACAGAAUACAACAUGUCUGAUAUACAACAUACAAGAGUACCGCAGAUUGAAGUGAACUACAAGCCAAAUAUCAUGCGAAUAAAGGAUUUUCGGUCAUUUAAUGAUGCGUUUGAGUGGUCGAAGUCUAUUCCUUCUCCUCGACUAAUGAGGACACAUCUCCAGUAUAAUUUGUUUGCAAAGGAGCCAAUUAAACGGAAAUGCAAGUUCAUAUAUGUUGCAAGAAAUCCCAAAGAUAUGCUUGUGUCGUAUUACUAUUUUUAUAAGAUGUGCCGUGUUCAUGGUUGUUAUGAUGGCUCUUGGGCUGCGUUCUUCCGCAAAUUUAUAAAUAAACAGCGAAUUAUAGGAGACUGGAGAAAUCACUUCACAUUGGCUCAAAAUGAAGAAUUCAACAAACUCUACGAAUACAAGAUGAAAGACACUGGUCUAUCAUUUCAGUGGGACGGCGAGAAUUAA